AUGAGUUCUAAUAUCGGAACAUCCAUCGGCGGAGCAUUUAUCAACUGGUUUUCCGAGGAUGUUAUGCCAAAAUUUGCUACAGCUGUCGACUUGACUGUACUGCUCAUUAGCAUAAUCCUCAAUGUUCUCCUGAUAGUAAUGUUCAACAAGAAACAUUUGUUCCUGGAUCCUGCUAAUAGACUUGUGUUUCAGCUGAUUAUUGUGGAUAUUCUCGCUUGGCUGUUUAUUCUCAUCCCAGGGGCGGUGGUAGCCUUGAGGGGACAAUGGGAUCUACCAAUGUCUGUGUGUUACGCCCAGGUGGUUAUGGUGAACUCCAUCUACCUUGUGAUGUUCGGUCUCAUCACUACGUUAUUUAUAGAGAGGACAGUUUUAGUUAGGAAUCCAAAGUUACACGAGAAAGUGUUUGGAAAGGUUUCCCAUGUUAAUAUAAUUUCAUUUCUAAUCUGGGGUAUCGAUUUCGGCAUCGCUUCCGUUCCGACGUCUGGAUGGAGUCGCAUUGACUACGACUUCUAUCAUGGAAGUUGUACUGUCUAUCACGAAUCCAACGUAUACUAUGCCAUUAUACUGUUUAUGUUCGGCAUGGGAUUAUCCAUCUUGUCCGGUGUUGUCUGCGUUCCUAUAAUUCUAAAAUCACGAAAGGAGAGAAUCGUGUUUGAAAAUGCAGAAGCCGCUAAGAUUGAGGCAGAACUUCGUCGUAAGAAGCGGAUGGAGACAAUCGCAGAAGAGAAAAAAGAAGCAGAAAAAAAUAAAGACGACAAGGAUUUAGAAAAGAAAUCUCUUACUCCUCAUGCCAAACAAGGAUGGACAGACACUAAACAACCAGAUCAACAUAAAGAUAAUAAAACAAGGAACAGGAAAGGGAAAAAGAGAGCACGGCGUGCUAGAACGCCGAAACGGCGAGACAAGCGUCUACUAGAGGAUGAUUACGAUGACCCCGACUUCCACCUUACGGUCACAUAUUUGAUAAUGUGGGUACUUAUAUUGAUAUUGUGGCUACCUUACUUUAUAGUGGUAUUCCGACACGCGAUCAGCAACGAUCUAGAGUUCUGGAGAGGAUACUACUCUAUUACCAUCAUAAUUGCCCUCUUCAGUUUUUGUAUCAAACCGAUCAUAUAUCUGUCUCAUAAUAGACAUAUGCAAGAGAAAACAAAGAAUACUAUCCCAGACAAUGUCGUCAAUAGAGCAACAGCCCUUCGGAUGUCUUUCAGUGACGUUGUUGACAAACUCGAUAAAAUAGUGUUUAAAUCUCCAAGGCCUCAGCCGUCUAUCCAGACGACGGUGAAAGCCCAUUCUAUAGCUAUGAAUUGGAUGAAGAAGUCGAAUGUGAAAGGCGAAGAAGCUAAACCAGAAGUGAGGGGUACGGGAGAUAAUGGUAAAGAUACAAACAAAUUUGACAAAUCACAAAACCCUGGGAACGAAAUAGCUAAAAACGAAACGGACAUUUCUAAGUCGAUUUCUCCUAACCCGUCUGAGGAAGCGGGUAUACUCCCUAAGGUGACUACCUCCACAUCACCAGGUCCAUUGGAAACUAGUACUGCUAUAGGGGCCAGGGAAUCAACCUUGAUCGAUAUCGAGGGCACCGAACAAGUAACGGACAGGUGGCCAUUGACUAGAUCACCAGAACACAUUUCACGUAUGUGA